AUGUACAACGACAAUGCUUUGGAGCUUUGGAACGAAUUGAAGGAGCGCUUUUCUCACACCAACAGUGUGCAUCUCUUCCAUAUUGAUCAAGAGAUUCAUGAUUGUGUACAAGGAGGCAUGAACAUUGGCGAAUACUACACCAAACUGAAGGGCUUAUGGGAUACACGAGAUGUGUUAUGUCCUCUCCCACCUUGUGAUAGUGAAACGACAAAGAAGUUACAUGAGUAUCAACAAAAGCAGCGAACCAUAAGAUUUCUCAUGGGACUUGACGGAACCUAUACGACGGCUCGUGGACAGAUUUUACUCAUAGAGCCUUUGCCUGCAAUGAACAAGGUAUUCUCCCUUAUUAUUCAAGAUGAAAAACAACGUUCCGUUUCUUCACAGAUGAUGGGAAAGACACCAGAUGCCGCUGCAUUCGCUGUCAAGGACGAAUCACAAAAGUCAAAUAGAAACCAUCCGCAAAGGAAUGCACAUCUCAAGUGUGAUCGCUGCAACAUCAUGGGACACUCCACCGAAAAUUGCCGAGCACAUCUCAAGUGUGAUUAUUGUGGCUUCAAGGGCCACACUAUUGAUGUUUGUCGGAAAUUAAAAAGGGCCACUUCUCAUGAAGACAAAAAGGGAAACUCGAGCUUUUCUUCCAAGGCUCACUAUGCAGAUUCCAAACUGAAUAAUGCUACAUCACUGCCAUCAUCCUACAGCCUUACAGCAGAAUAA